CUCGUGCCCCAUGCAGCCGUUGGUGCGCGCCGCUACCGCCGUGUCCUUGUCCCUCGCGUCUCCCUGUGCUCGCGCGUUGCUGCCACUGCGGUUGUUGUCCGGCGGGUGGACGCCGCCGCCGCUGCUGCAGUCGGGCCCCGGCCCCCAUCACCACCACCACCACCACCGGCAUCAGCUGCAGCAACCGCCACAGGCCGCCACCAUGGACGGGGACGCGACCGGCAUGGAGAUGGUGCUGGCGCCGCUGAGGCAGGCGGUGCGGGAGCAGGGAGAACUUGUUCGGAAGUUGAAAGCCGAGAGCACGCCUCAGGUGGACGUUGAUAGAGCAGUGGCUGAACUGAAAGUGCGGAAGAGGUUCUUGGAAGCCAAGGAGUUGGCUCUGCAACCAAAGGAUGAUAUUGUUGACCGAACUAAAAUGGAGGACACGCUAAAGCGGAGGUUCUUCUACGAUCAGGCGUUUGCCAUCUAUGGAGGGGUGAGUGGUCUGUACGACUUUGGUCCUGUCGGCUGCGCUCUGAAGAACAACACCCUUCAGAUCUGGAGGCACCACUUCAUCCAGGAAGAGCAGAUCCUGGAGAUCGACUGCACGAUGCUGACUCCAGAACCUGUCCUCAAGACCUCUGGCCACGUGGACAAGUUUGCUGACUACAUGGUGAAAGAUCUGAAGAAUGGGGAAUGUUUCCGAGCCGACCACCUGCUCAAAGCUCAUUUGCAGAAAUUGAUGUCCGAUAAGAAAUGCUCAGUGGAGAGGAAAGCAGAGAUGGAAGAUGUCAUCACCCAGAUGGACAAUUACAGCCAGCAAGAGUUAGCGGACCUGUUUGUGAAUUACAACGUCAAGUCCCCAGUCACCGGGAACGACCUGUCCCCGCCCAUCUCCUUCAAUCUGAUGUUCCAGACAUCCAUCGGACCAGGGGGCAACAUGCCAGGCUACCUCAGGCCUGAAACAGCUCAAGGGAUUUUCCUCAACUUCAAACGGUUGCUGGAAUUCAAUCAGGGAAAGCUUCCCUUUGCCGCUGCCCAGAUUGGCAACUCGUUCCGUAAUGAGAUCUCCCCGCGAUCAGGCCUCAUCCGCGUCAGGGAGUUCACCAUGGCAGAGAUUGAGCACUUUGUGGAUCCCAGUGAGAAGAACCACCCCAAGUUCUCCAACGUGGCCGACCUCGAGUUAAUGCUGUACUCGGGCCAAGCCCAGACCAGCGGGCAGUCGGCACGGAAGAUGCGGCUAGGAGACGCCGUGGAACAGGGGAUCAUCGAUAACUCUGUGCUGGGCUACUUCAUCGGAAGGAUCUACCUGUUCCUGGUCAAGGUGGGCGUGUCGCCCAGCAAGCUGCGCUUCCGGCAGCACAUGGAGAACGAGAUGGCCCACUACGCCUGCGACUGCUGGGAUGCCGAGGCCAAGACCUCCUAUGGCUGGAUCGAGAUAGUUGGCUGUGCUGACCGAUCGUGCUACGACUUGGCCUGUCAUUCCCGGGCGACCAAGGUGCCUCUGGUGGCAGAGAAGCUUCUGAAGGAACCCAAAACUGUCAGCGUUGUGCAGUUUGAGCCCAACAAGAGCGCCAUUGGCAAGGUGUUCAAGAAGGAGGCCAAGAUAGUGAUGGAGUACCUGAGUGUAUGUGACGCGUGCUACAUCACAGAAAUGGAGACGGAGCUGAAUGAGAAGGGGGAGUUCACUUUUGAAUCCGACGGAAAGAAGUUCACCCUGACCAAGAACAUGGUUGGAGUGAAAAGGUUUCAGAAGACCCUGCAUGUUGAGGAGAUCACCCCCAGUGUGAUCGAGCCGUCCUUCGGCAUCGGGAGGAUCAUGUACACCGUGUUCGAGCACACGUUCAACGUGCGGGCUGGCGACGAGCAGAGAACGUACUUCAGCUUCCCAGCGCCUGUGGCCCCCUACAAGUGCUCCGUUCUGCCGCUCAGCCAGAACCAGGAAUUUGCUCCCUUCGUCAAGGAGCUGGCCGAAGCACUGAACAGACACGGGGUGUCCCACAAGGUGGACGACUCGUCGGGCUCCAUUGGCAGACGCUAUGCCCGGACGGACGAGAUCGGCGUGGCGUUCGGCAUAACCAUCGACUUUGACACGGUCAACAAGGUGCCGCACACGGCCACGCUGAGGGACAGGGAUUCCAUGCGGCAGAUCCGGGCCGAGAUUUCACAGCUGCCGCAAGUUGUCCGGGAUUUGUCCAACGGUUCCGUGACCUGGGCUGGCAUUGAGGCCAGCUACCCAUUGUUCGAAGGGCAGGAGACCAGCAAGAAGGAGAAUUAAACAGCCGGUACCCCCCGCCCGCACCCCUCCCGUCCCGUCCCGGAGCCAUGUCGGUUGCGUGGGGCAGCGUCGUUCGGUAAGGAGUGGCCGCAGAGUGGUACCGAGACGAUGACCACUCCACCCAGUGAAUGUCAGCCCACCCCCCCACCUGUCAGUGGUGUUCCCAGCAAUAAAGUCUGAGUGGGAAACCA